ACGCACUGUACUAGGUUGAGUUUUGUCCAAACGGGACUCCGUACUUACGGCAGCUUUCAGGGGUAAACAUGGCGGCCGUCCUGGCGAGAAGGGUGUCCGGGCUGCUGAGGCCGCUGUCUGCGUCUCUACAUGCCAGGACACCUCAGCUCUGUCAACUCUCCAGCCUCAUUCAGCCUCCGCCUCUCUACAGCUCCGCUGCAGCCGCUGUCCGCGCUCCUCUGUGGGGAGCAGCGUGUCAGACACCGCGGUACAACAUCCUGCAAAGGGUGUCAGCUCUUGUUCCCAGUCUGACUCCACAGCCAAGUCGAAGUCUGACGUACUACAGUGUGAAGAAGGGGAAGAGGAAGAGUGUAAAAUCUGUCACAGAUAGGUUCAUGAGGUUGCACUGUGGACUUUGGAUCAGACGCAAGGCUGGACACCAGAAGAAACUGUGGAAGAAGAAACCUGCCAGAAGAAAGCGCCUGAGGGAGUUUGUGUUCUGUAACAAAACACAGAGCAAGCUUUUGGAUAAAAUGACAACUUCGUUUUGGAAGAGGAGGAACUGGUAUCUCGAUGAUCAAUACCUGAAGUACCAUGACCGGGUCAAUCUCAAACUGUAAUUGGCUGAUACAUGUAGUAUUAUCUUGUUUUGUUUGAUGUAAUAUACAUAAUAAUAUACGUAAUAAAGUCAUGUUAAAUGA